CUUCUAUCGCAGGAACCAAUUCGCGGAGCUAUAUAACCCCUCCUCCUCCCCCCUUCACUAUAACAACGCACAAUGUCGCAAGUGGUAUACAGCAACGAAAUGUCACAGGUGAUAUACAGCAACGACACCCGCUACCCCGGCCCACCCAUCCACCCGCCGCCCAGGGAGAUUACCGGUCUGCCUACCAACGAAGAGCUCGAUGCUUAUCCCAGGAUGUUUGAGUGGGGUGAGCUCAAGGAAAUCGUUAAGACGGGCACGUUAGAACAGCUCAUGCGGAAUAAAGAGAUGCAAUACAAGUAUGACGUGUGGAGUAAGAGUAUGAAGGCAAACUUUGGUUCAACCGAGAAAUAUCUCACUCAAACACGACUUCCGUUUCCAUACACCCCUGUCAACUCGGAUUCUGCUGCUGCUGCUGCUGCCGGGGGCAGUCAAGCGGCGGGCGAGGAGGAGAUGAAGGGAACGUAUGAUUUUUCGACGAGCUUGGACCGGCCUCACGUUGACCAUUCAACCUCCUCGACGCCCGGAACGGGAGCAUCGACCCCAGGAAGCGGGAGCGUACCAAACUCGGGAACAACUUCUGGUGCAGGGACGCCCACUUCAGUCGGUUUUGUCUCCCUCUCGUCAUUGAACCUUUUGGAAGCCAAGCUGAAGAAGAAUAAAUCUAAAUCCAAAUCCGAUCGCAAACCAAAGGAAGAAGAAGAAGAAGUAGAAGAAGGGCAUGAGCCAGAGUACCUCCGCUACGACCCUGCCUCUGGACUUGAUGAAUCGAAGUAUGCAGUACUACCGAAUGAUUGGCCGUAUUGUGUCCCGUAUGGGGUGAGGCAUUACUGUGUUUGGUCAAGAGUACCCAUAGCCCACCCAGAUUUGGUAGACUACGAUCCCAUCAAAUGGAGUAAGAUUGAACAAGAAGGCUUGGGUGGAUUCACCGGUGUUUUGCCGUUUUUGCCUGGACCUCGUGUUGCCUCCAGUGAUGAUAACGAUAAAGGUAAAAGCAAGGGUCUUCCCACACCGCCUACACCGCUUCCUUCCGCCACUCCCACCCAUUUCACAGCCAGCUCCGUCGCAUCCGCAUUGGCAAACCAAAACCCCGUCGGUCGCAGCUCCACCCACCCGGAGCCCCACGUCCCCCCGGCUGAAGGGUGGUACCCCCUCGACCUCACCCACGCUGGUCCAUCCCUCCGCCGUUGGGCGGGUGUGACGUAUGAGAGCGAAGGGGGACAUGAAGUGGGGCGGAUGGUGAAGGGGCUGUGGGAUGAGAGGGGUUGGGAGUGUUUGUGGUUUGUUAAUCCGCCUAGACUCCAAAGUAUACCCGGGUUUUCACAUUUUCAUGUUUUUGCAAGAAGGAAGACGCCAGAGGAGAUCGAUGCGGGAGAAGCUGUAUGGGGCCGCUUGAACGAAGAGCGUAAUGAGUGAAGGAAAGCGAGGCCAGAGAAAAGAGGGCGUGUGGAGCGAGAAUAAGGAGCUCAAGUGCAAGAAGAGAACGAAACGUGAGAUCGAACCUUUCAUAGAUGUGCCAAGAGAGUGGCCCGAGUGUUUCGACCCAUUGUGAUUUUUCUGUGAUAUAAAUAACGAAAUGAUGAACUGUAUAUAGGUUAGACAAUA